ACACACAGUCAGAAACACACACACACACCCGAACACACAAAGAGUAUUUGUAUUAAGAAAUUGAAGCGCCAAGAGCGAGUGGCCUAGAAAUAAUACGUGAAAUGAAAAGGUUGCAAUUAAUAAAUAAAACAAAAAGAAAAGAAAUAUAAAUGUGAAAAGUUGCUGGAUGAAAAGUGCAAGUGAAAAGUGCCAAUACGAAGGAGAAAAUCACACACGCACACACACACACACACACACACACACACACGAACACACACGCACAAGCACACACAGACAAAGAAAACGUCAUAUGCCAGAGGCAGGCAGUCGCUUGGCAGGCACAUUGACAGCAACAGCAACAGCAACAAAGGCACAGGCAGUAGCAGAAGCAGUGAAAAGCAUUUUGUGUAUCCUAUUUUGUGUGUGAGCGAGCGUGUGUCCAUGUUCAUGUCCGUGUCCAUGCCCGCGCCCGCGCCCGUGUCCUUUGCCACAGCAGUAGCAGUAGCGACAACAAAAGCAGCAGCUAACAGCAGCAAACAGCAACAACAACACUAGCAAUUACGCCGUGUAGUUGCUAUAAUGAUAGAUUUCAAAACAAAACUGAGCAAAUUAUCGUAUAAAACGUGCCCCCGUUGGAAAGUCUAAAAAUAACAGCACGCCAAUUUCAAAGCCCAAGUCGGAGACGUAUUCUAAAAACACAAGUGCCGCCUGCGUUCGGCCCAUCAGGCAACUGACUUUAAAUUAUGCAUGCACAUUGAUUUUCUGACGCGUCGUCGUUGUCGUUGUCGUUGUCGUGUUCGCUCUCCUACUCAUCGCCGUCCACAACAUCAUCAUCAAAAGCAGCAGCAACAGCAACAGCAACAGCAGCGAGAACAGCAGGAACAGCCUCUGCCUAUUGGCAAUCUCGUAAAGUCAUUUCUCGUUCUGCGUUCAGCCCGCAUCGUAUGUUAUCAGCGGAACUGACGUCGACGGCGUUGUUGAAUGCGAAUUAUCAGCGCACCAACGGCCUAACAAAAGAUGCGGCUUGCCUGUCAACGACAUAUGAAAAGUGCACAGCAGGAGAAACAGCAGCAGCAGCAGCAACACCAGCAGCAGCAACAUCAGGGGCAGCAACAACAGCAGCAGCAAUGACCAAACAAUUGACAACAACAACUGCAACAAAUGCAGCGUCGAGCAUAACACAAACAUCUAAUUUGGCGCCUACGGUUAUAUCGCCCACAUCAGCCUACGCAACAACAGCAACAACAACAACAACUACGACAGAGGCAGUUGCGCCUGCAACAUCAGAGACAACAACAAAGGCGCAGCCAAUAACAAAAGCCGCAACAACAACAACAACAACAAGUGCAUCAAGUGAUGCCAGCGGCCGUUCGGCGGCUCUGGAACGUGCCUACGUCCAUGAUGUCUAUGAGCAUUGCGAGGAGCCCACGGGACCGGUGCGGCCUCGAGUGGCACAGUUCCUGGGCAACCUGGAGCCGGGCUCGGUGGUCUGUGACGUGGGUUGCGGCAGUGGGCGUUAUCUCACACAAUGCAAUCCAGCUAUAUGCACCAUUGGAGUCGAUCGCUGCUACCGCCUCGGCAAGGUGGCACACGAAAAGGGUGGCGAGGUGGCGCUGUGCGACAAUCUGGAGUUGCCCUUUCGGGACGACAGCUUCGAUGCGGUCCUCUCGCUGGCCGUUGUUCAUCACUUUGCCACCACAGAGAGACGCGUCCGCGCGCUGAGGGAACUGGCGCGGAUCCUGCGCAUUGGCGGACGCGUUGUCAUCACUGUUUGGGCACUGGAGCAGCGCCAUCGACGCUUCGAGUCGCAGGAUGUGCUCAUACCCUGGCAGCCGCCAAAGAAUCGUACAUUCUCCUACUCCGAUGAGGAUGAUGACGAUGAUUUUCUGCCACCCUAUCACGCCUACACAGAGGACUCAACCAACUCAAGUCGCUCCGCCGGAGAUGGCGACAGCUCCAGCCUAAGCUCAUCCUCGCCGGGCGAGUCCUGCUACAGCUUUGUUCGUCGCGCAAUACAGAAACUAGCAGGCGGUCGUCGCCAUGCAUGGUUCCUGGACUCAUGGACGUCGAAGGACACAAAGAACGACAGCAGCCUGGACUAUGAGGAUGCCAAGGAUCUGCCAAUUGAAUUGCGUCGCCUCGAGGACUUUGAUGAAUUUCCCGAUCCGCCGCUAUCCGCUGGCCUCAAAUCACGCAGCCUUGGCAGCAUACUUCAACCACCACCUCGUCAAAUUGUUCGCUCGCGCUCCAGUGUGCCCAGCUUGGGUGGUCCCCUGCUGCCCGGCGAGACGAAAGCGAGUGCUGCAGCGGCACUGCUUCUGAGCGCUCCAGAGGUUCAACUCCAACUGAAUGGCCGACAUUCGCCAACAGCGACCGUCAGUGCGGGCAGCACGCUGAACCGCCGACCCAAGCUCAUCAAACAGAAGCAGUCGUUGUGCGACGAGGACGACAGCCUCGCGCAGUCAAGCGAUCCAACGAAUUCCUCAGCGUUCCAAAUGGUCAGCAGCUAUAACAGCUCCAAUGGUGGGGUCAGCAGUAGUCUCUAUACGCGCACCGGUUGCUAUGCUUCGAGUUUCCAUCAGCAUGCCUCUGCGACAGCGACUCCGCCAACAGAACCAGGUGAAUUAACUGGUGCUCCAGCUGCGACAAUGCCCAGCUUUUUGCGCAAGCAGAGCUCGCUAAAUGAGGAUCUGAUGGCGGGGAACAGGCUGCGUGAGAAGGAGGGCGUGCGGAAACGCAUACAGAAGCAGACAUCGCUCAAUGAGGCCUUCCUUUGCCGCUCGGCGAUGUUCUCCAAGCGAUUGCAGAUCAUUCGAGAGGGCUUCACGAGCAAGAUUAAGAGCUCUACGGGCAGCCUGGAGCGUGUGACCAAAACGGGCAUCAGCAAGCUUAUUCAGAAUAUCAAGCCCAGUCCAACGCCACCCAGCAAUCCCAAUCCUCAGCAGACGAACAACAACAACAAGCAGGGCACAACACUAACUAAUCAAACGCAUCCACAUGCACAUCCGCAUCAGCAUCACCAUCAUCAUCAUCUUGGUAGUAAUGCCAGCGGACUGUUCCCAGCUCAUCUGCUGCUCUCCAGCACGUCCAGCACGGGUCCGGUGAGCUACUGCAGCAACGUGGACUGCAGCGCAGCAAACAUCUGCCACUGCAGCGCCUAUCAGCAGGAGUGCGCCGCCUGUGCGGACAGCGAGCAGGGCAAUGCACGCCGGCAUUCGCGCGAAUCAGGAUCGGACUCCUCCAAGGAUAGCAGUCUGCAGUCGGACACGAGCAUUGAGUCGGAGGAUAGCUUCGCUUCGGUCAUAUUCAUACCAAAGCCGGAGCAGGCGCAGCAGCAAUUGAACUAUCAGCAGCAGCAUCAGCACUCCAACUCGAGCAGCAGCAAUUCCAGCUCUGGCAAUGGAGCUGCGCUUGCCGCAGCAGCAGGAGCAAAUCAAAACACAACCACACUGAUUGCAACGCCCGGUGCACGGUUGCCGCACACACACACACACACGCACACACACUCAGUGCCAACAUCGCCGCUGGUCAUGCCAUGCCCGCCGACGCCCGCCCACUCGCCGGCUGCCAAUCAGGGGACCGUUACAUCCCCGCCACAAUCCAUGGCAGCAGUGACAGCCGCAAUGGCCAUUUUGACGCCAGCUGCGAAACCGGAACGCUUCAGCUUCGACGCGGCGCACAUCAAGCAGCAGCAGGAGCUGCAGUUGGAGCAGACGACGAGUACCAUUCGGCAGAUUACACGCCAGGCGAUACGCGAGAUGCCAGCGAUACCCAAGUUCCGCAAACAGCAAUCUCUGCAGCUGCAACGCCAGAGCUUUCCCAUUGUGCGACGCGCCUCCGGGUCGGCAGCAGCGUCCAGUGGCAGCAGCAGCAUUGGCACAAGGCUGCUAUCGCUAGAGCUGUUCAAUCCGGCUACCGAUGAUCUGGACAGCGAUUCCAGUGAGCCCUCCUCGCCGGACUCCAUUGACAGUGUGAUCAGUGCACCUCGUUCGGCACAGCUGCUGUCGGCUCCUGGCACCGGCACAGGUAAAUCCAGCGAUGAAUCGGACUCGGCACUGGCUCAGCAGAUCAGUAUUAAUCAGCAGCAGUAUCACAAGGGCGAACUGCAGAUCAAUAACGGAACGCCCAAUGCCAAUGAUAUCAUUCUGAAUGCGGACAGUGCUCCAUUGCUGCCAGAUAAGCGGGACACUAGCCAGACAAAGGCGCAGCAGUUGCCGCACGAUUGUGCUGAAUUUGCCGAGCAGCUAACGGCGCAGCUGCAACGUGAACUGGAAGAUAAGAGUAAUCGCGCCGAUUGCCGCAGUCUGGACGGGAUUGGUGAUAUUGGCGAGUUUUUGAGUGGUGGCUCUAAGAAGCGUUCCAACGGUGAUCUGAGUGCGUUGCGGGAUGAGCUGCGAGAGCGUCGCCUUAUGCUGGCCAAUCUCUCCACACAGCCGAGUUUGCAGCACUCGCCCAUGUCGUCGUCCACCUCAUCGCUGUCCUCGCAGACGCGCAGCUUUACCAUACACGAGGAGCAGGAGGGCGAGGAGGAGGAGGACGAGGAGAACGAACGCAGCUACACGCUGGGCAUCUACGAGCACUGCAAGAUCUCCAAAUUCAAAUACAAACGCAAUCGACACUACAACCUCAAUCCGGAGACGGCAUAUUUGCUCCAAGACGACGGCGACAGCGAUGUGCGCGAUGAUGAAGAUCCCAUACCCGAGGAGGACGAGGAUGCUGAGGCGCUGGAGGCACGAGGUGGAGAUCAGCUGGGCGAGGGCAUGCAUGAAUAUGGACAGCGUCGGCGCAACUUUAGCGCCAUCAAGUCGGUGACAUCCAGUGCAUCGAGCUCGACGGAAACGGCACCAUCGCCAUCAUCGCAGCAACAGCAGCAGCGGCAGCCGCUGCAGCAGCGCACCUCCACCGAAUCGCUGGAACACUCGAAUAGCUCAACCACAUCGCUGGACAGUCCAUCGCAGGGUGGCGGUGCGACCACACACCACCGCUACUAUCAUGUGUUCCGCGAGGGCGAGCUGGACGCACUGAUCAAUCAUCAUGUGACCAGUCUGCACAUUGUUAGCUCCUACUAUGAGCGGGCCAGCUGGUGUGUUGUGGCUGAGAAGGUGCAGGUGUGGACGAUCUAAGUUAGAAACCUAAGGAAUACAAAAAAUAAGAUAAAUAAAAACCAUAAAUUGGAAACCCCAAUAAGUCUCUGAAGCCCCCAAAGGAAUUGUUAAAUUUAGUCUUUAUUACUAGUAGGUGAGAGAGGAGGAAAGCGAGGAAAUUCUAGCACUAAUUUAAGUAAUCGUAACGACUCUUGCUUAGGGUUGCCAAGCCUGCUCAACGGCAGGGCUGCCGCACUGCAUUGAAAUUCAAUUUCAAGUAAACAGCUUAAUUUUUAAGCGCAAAUCGAAAAAGAAACAACGCAAAUUAUGACAAGUAUUGUAUCUAAAGAAAACAAACGAUUGUAUAUGUAAAAAAAAUAUAUUUACAACGACUAUCAUCUUUAUGUUAAUUCUCUCUAUCUUUUUCAAAAAUAUAUCAGUAUUUAUUUCAGAAUUUCAAUACUCAUAAACGUCCAAUUGCAAACUUGACAUACAAAAAACCAAAUAGUAAAAUUAUAGAGCUACAUUUAAAAGUUAAAU